ACGCCCAGCCCGUCUUCCAUCGCCCAGUCAACCGAGCGGAUCUUCAUUUCCCACGUUCCAAACCAAAUGCCCCAGGUUGUGCUCUAGGCACAGUACCUACAGCACCCGUAGCUGUCGUUAACCCCUGUCGCCGGCGCCCACGCCCCGCCAAACGUUUCCGAGCUCCUCUCUGUCAUUCAUUGCCAUACUGUAACUACAGCGCAGGCGGCCACUAAGCCACUAUUACGUGCCUAUAAGGCCGACUUCCCGAAAAACAGCUCCCCCCACCCCCCGCAUACCUCUCCUCCCUCCGCCGUCCCUCUUGGAAACUUACAUCCCACACUUUCUUUCUGCGAGGCCAUCACCACCACACUCGGAAAGAAAACACACACACAUACAGCGCAUACGUUGCACAUCGUAUAUCUCCUGCGAAAACCACUGCUUCUCCGACUCCAUCGUAGCCACAUCUCGACCUCGACCAUGGCGGCCCAGACCCCCACAUCAGCUCAAGCUCAGGCCAACCAGGGCAGCUGGGGAGCUUUCCUCAAGUCCAUCGCCUCCUUCAACGGCGACCUCUCGUCCCUGACCGCACCGCCCUUCAUCCUGUCGAGCACCUCCCUGACCGAGUUCUCCUCCUACUGGGCCGAGCACCCCUCUAUCCUCGCUGCCCCCGCAAAGGAGGCCGACCCUGCCAAGCGCGCCCUGCUCGUCACCAAGUGGUUCAUCACCACCCUCAAGCAGCAGUACGCCUCCCGCAGCGAACAGUACGGCAACGAGAAGAAGCCCCUCAACCCUUUCCUCGGCGAGCUGUUCCUCGGCAAGUGGGAGGACGACGCCGGCACCACUGAGCUCAUCAGCGAGCAGGUCAGCCACCACCCCCCCGCGACCGCCUACUCAAUCACGAACCUCGCCUCAGGCGUCCACCUUGAGGGCUACAACGCCCAAAAGGCCACCUUCAGCCGCACCAUCAACAUCAAGCAGAUCGGCCACGCCGUCCUGACCGUCCCCGCCCCCGACGGCUCCAAGGACACGUACCUCAUCACCCUCCCCGCCUUGCACAUCGAGGGCCUCAUUUUCGGCGCCCCCUUCAUCGAACUCGAGGGCACCUCCUUUAUCACCUCUUCCACCGGCUUCACUUCCAAGAUCGACUACUCGGGCAAGGGCUGGCUCUCAGGCAAGAAGAACAGCGUCAUCGCCUCCGUCUACCCGACCGGCCACGAGAAGGACGUCGUCUUCAACAUCACGGGCGUCUGGACUAAGUCAUUCGAAAUCCACCAGGGGUCUGCCAAGCACAACUCUUCCAAGACGCUCCUCGAGACGUACGACGCCGCCCAGCACCCGACCUCGAAGCUCGUCGUCGCGCCCAUCGACAAGCAGCACCCGCUCGAGUCCCGCCGCGCCUGGAAGGGCGUUGCCGACGGCAUCGCAAAGGGCGACAUGGACCUCGUCUCGCGCGAGAAGUCGGCCAUCGAGAAUGCCCAGCGCGAGCUGCGCGCCAAGGAAAAGGCCGAGGGCCGCGCCUGGGAGCGCCGCUACUUCACCGACCGCAACGCCGCCGGUGACCCCGUCCUAGAGUCUCUCGGCACCCACGUCGGCCUCCCCGCCACCGGCGACGCCGACAAGACGGGUGGCCUGUGGCGCUACGACGCUGUCAAGGCCGACAAGGUCCGCAGCCAGGCCGCCCUCAGCGAGGCUGACCAAGUCAAGAUUGCCAGCGAGAUUUUGGGCCAGCAGAGGACGUGAAGAGGCGGGCCAGAAGGCAGUAUGACUGGGGGGAAAGGAACAACCAAAACGCACACGAACGAGAAGCAAAGGCUUUCUUUUUAUCAUGAUUCAUCAAGCAGGCCAUCGCAUGCCCGAGCGGUAUGGCAAGACGGCCUUAGAAGGGAAUGAAGGGAGGAGGGCUGGACUGUAGAGAUAGCAUGGCUGGCUGGCGCUUGGAGUUGUCAGAGAGCACACACGCGCGGGCGGGCGGGCGGUACGGUGUAGUACUCCUACUCAUAGGACGGUACUAAUAAUCAUCAGACCGGGCAUAUAAUUGUUUGACUCCACAAAAAAAAAAAAAAAGAUACGUCCUGAACGUUGUCACCAUCUCGUUUUUUUCGUGAUGUCGAUACCACCGCUGAGGCUUUGGCAAAUGGACCUGCCCGACCUCAUCUCGGGGAAGAUAGCCCGUCUGAUGUGCAACAACAUCUGGAAAUUGACAUCAUGUCCAAUUCUUAAGACCAUACAUACACACUCAUCCUACCAGUAUUCAAGCGGACUCUAAGGGGAUCAAGAGUUUCCUUGGGUGUAACUACAACGAUGUAUUCGGCCGCUGGAGGAAGAUUUAGUCACUUGCCUUCCGCGUAAUGUUAUGUACCGCUGAUAACACUGCUCCCGAUCCGAAAUCUUUUAAAACAACCAAACCCAACCCGCUCUCACCCGUUUCCCAGCUCACAUCCACCCCCACGACCCCCCCUUUACCUCUUUAUUCUCUCUGUCGAGGUGAUGAUUCUCUAAGAGAAGGCUUCUAAGACCCUCCCAAACCCCUACCUC